AUGCCGGGACGUCCUCACCCGCCGCCUUUGCCAGCUUGCGGGUAUGUAGUGCAAGCAACCAAAAAAGGUGGGGUGCCCAUCAAGGUGGAAUCGCGAGCCAAAGGCAAAAAGGUGACAAUCAUUUCCGGUGUGCAGGGUGAUGCGCAGUCGCUUGUGUCCGCUUUGGGUGGUUUGCUGGGCUGCGGCGGCUCCGUGUGCCAUACGGCGGGUCAAACACAAGUACUUGUACAAGGAGACCAGACGGAACGCAUCACCGGAUCUCUCGAGCAACUCGGUUGCUUGCGGGGUCUGGCGAAGACUCCGGCAAAGAAAAAAGCCGAGGUGACAGCUGUACGCGUUUGCGCAUAUGACAAAUUCCUCCGACAAGGAGACGACAGCAAAGGCCUGGCCAGAAUACUGCAAAACGAGGCGCAUGCCCCUCAAUGUCUGCCGGGCGCAGAAUGUUUUCGCUGGCACGGCCCUUGGGUCUAUUGCCGCGGUUGCUGCGAGCAAACCGAUCUUAGUGAUGUUUGGGAGGAGGGUUUAGACGAUGUCAUCGGAUUGGAUGUGCCCCACGGCAGCAGCUAUCUUUUUGUCGCGCCCAUGGUUCGCACAUCGCUGGCCGGGCUGGAUGGAGACCUUCGCAAGUUGGGGAUGUUAGCAGAGGUCGGAGAGGCUGCCCAAACCUGGGGUUUGCGCCCGUCCAAUGCAAGUGAAGCCUGGAAGGGCCUCACGCUAGCCGAAUACAGGCGGAAAGCGGUGGCACCUGGCGCCAGGUUACUGGAGUAUGCGCCGUCGUCCUCUGGCAGGGCUUGUCCCUCUGGCGCGCCGAGCGUGCGUGCACAGCGAGCCGCCCAGAAGCUGCGGCCUGCGAAGGCCGAAAAACCACCGCAGGAGCAAGGACGGUUCGCCUGCCCCACGUGCGGCCACAACUUCAGCCUUCGCUUAACCCUGAAGCAGCACAUGAUGCUCUCUCAUGGGGAGAGAUUAACGGGUCCUGUCCCAAACCUCCUGAAAGUGAAAGACCCGCCAAAUCGGCCACGCGCUCCGGCGACUCCUGUGCGAUUGCAAGCCACUCCAAAGCCAACGACCGCACCCUGUGUUGCUGCCCCAGCAGGCAGAGAUCUGCCGGUGAAAAAUUCAGAUUGCGUAUCUGAUGAAAUCCACGAAGCGGUCAACAAGCAAAGAAUCAUGGAGUUGACGCCGUCCGAGCAAUGUGAGUUGGAGGAACAAGAAUCGCAGACAGAGUGUCCAAUAUGCAAGCAUUUCAUCGCGGGUGAAUCCCUGCAGGAGCACGUGGACAAGUGCUUGUCUGCUCUGCAGGCAGUGGCCAGCUCCUAUGCCUGGACUGAGUGUCCGAUUUGCUUUGAACGAGUUCACCCAGAUCUGCUCCAGUCGCAUGUGGAAAGCUGCCUCUCCAGUGCAGAGGGUGCUUCGGAAACCGACAGCACCGACCAAGAUGCAGAUGCCAACGGCUGGGACACAUGUCCCCUCUGCGAUGAGAAGGUCCACCGGGAUACCAUCUGUGCCCAUGUGGAGAAGUGCAUUGCUGUCUACCAGGCCUCCCAAAGCAGGGACAUACUGGGCGAUGAGUCCCAGGCCGAGGAGGACACAGCCGGCGUGCCAUCCUCCUCAGAGGAGCCGCUGCUGCUGAAAGGCCUGGCAGUCUGCAUGGUGGUGCGCGACUGCGAUGCGCGAGGGGAGCAUCAGCUGCAGAUGUCAGCUGGCGAGGAAUUUGCUUUGGAGUGGGAGCAGCCUGCUGAGGAAGGAGGAUAUUGGGCCUGGGGCUACCGCCUUUUUGCUGGAGAUGAUGGCUACAUUCCGCUGGAGAGUGGCUAUAUUCCCCGCUCGCACACGAAGAUCAAGCUCGGCAGCAAGCAGCCUACCCUUGCAGCUGCAGCUGUGCAGCAGUCGAAGGCCGCUUACGCUGCGGUGGAGAACGCCUCCCCGCUAGACCCUGUGUGGGACUGUGCGGGCCCAGGCUCCGAGGCAGGUGCCCAGGAGGACUUCCAGGAGGAGUCCCCGUCUGCGCCGGCCGCGUUCGACGGUCUCCCGGUGUUCGUCGUGGUGCGCCCCUGGCGCCCGAAAGGGCCACACCAGCUCGAGCUUCGGGAAGGUGACGAGUUUGCCCUGGAGUGGGAGCAGCCAGCCGAGGAUGGAGGCUACUGGGCUUGGGGCUGCCGUGUGCAGCUGAAGGAGGGAUCCUACAGGUAUGGCUCGGCCGGAUACAUGCCUCGGUCCCGCCUGGCGCCAAAGCCGACGCGGGAAGCUGGGCUUUCUGCUGGGGAUGCUGCGGAUGUCCUCUCCGAGGAACUGACGCAGCCCAGCCCAGAGCUACCAGAGCCUGUGGAGGUGGCGCCCGAGCCUGAAGUGAAGCAUCGACGGCGUUGGGGGCGAGCGCAGGCUUCUUAA